AUGUGGAGUUCUCAUUUAUUGCAGAUAUGCUUCAAGAUACUAUUGAGGCCUGUGACGACAGCAUGUGGUCACAACUUCUGCAAGACCUGUGUGGACCAGGUAUUUAGUGGUGAACAUACAUCGUCCAGGAUGAAGCGUAUGGAUGUAACUCAGUUGUUGCAUUAUGUGAGCAUGCGUGGCAGUCAUGUUUUAUUGCUUUGUGAUGAGUUUACAGGUGAGAAUCAGCUAGGUACUAUGGCUGAAAUCAAGCUUAGUUCUUCGGUAAAAUGCUAUGGCUGA